AUGUACACUCCAUCUAUUCUCGUUGGCCUCCUCGCCCUCAGUCCCCUUGUGGUCGCUCACGGGAAGAUUGCCGUUCUUACAGGAGACCUUGGCGGAAACGGUACUGCUUUGGGAAUCAAAGGAGCUGUUGUCCCAGGUGCAGGACCAAAUUCAAAAACAGAGAUUGAUACUACUGUCUUCAACAUUGGCAAUAACAACUGUGGGCGAACCGAGGCUGGGGGAAGAAAUCAAGCAGAGACUGGUGUCACCAAGGCGAUGGCGCUUUCGGGCAGCACACUUCCACAAAUCAGUACCGAUAAUCCUUCUAUCUCGGGGACAUUCCACAUAGUAACUUCUGAUGGUGCGGGUCCUCUCACGGCCAUGGUCGACCCCACUGGAAAGGGUGAUUUCUCCCAAGCCGUCAAGGCCGAGAUUACUACCCAAAUUCCAGGAGUGAAUGGCAAUAUCAGAAAGAGCAAACAAACAAGAUGGAACCGAGUUUUGAGAAGUCUUGGUUUGUCAAAGAGAGCCACUAAUAUCAAUGAGAACUUCCCUUUCAGUGUAGCCAUUCCGGCUGGAACAACUUGUACCGGCACAAUAGCAGGCCAGUCCAACGUCUGUAUGGUUAAAAUUGUGAACCCGUCAAAUGCAGGACCUUUCGGUGGAUGCGUUGCUGUUCAGCAAUCAACAGGGACGAACAGCACAGCUGCCAGUGGGAAAAAGGUAAAGCCUGUAAAGUUCUCUGUUUAA